AUGCCAGCCACCCGCUCCAAGAAACUGGCAGCCCAGUCUCCAUCUACCAGGAUGAGUUUGAGGAGUUUCCGCAGUGUCCCUCUGGUUCCCAUGGAGACUUCUUCUUCGGAUGAUAGCUGCGAUAGCUUUGGCUCCGAUGGAGGCUUUGCAAAUACGAGGAGCAUCUUAAGACCGACGAAGAGGAUGGCAGGGAAACCAAAGGUGUUUGAGGCUUCAUCUGAGGAGGAUACAUACUGCGGGUUUGAUGAGAGUGUGAUCAACAGCCAGAUGAAAACCAUGAAAGUAGACUCUGACCCUCCGAGAUGUGGCCGCAGAUCCAUCCUUAAGGUUGCUAUGACAUUCCCCACUAAGAAGAGGCCCGCAUCCGAACCACUACCUCAAAGUAAAGUACAGGACUCUGACUCUGACUCUGACGGAGAGGACAACGCCAUGAGCAAGAGAGCCAUGAACAUUAAGGAGAAUAAAGAAAUGCUAGCAAAGCUCAUGGCAGAGCUGAACAAAGUACCCGGACUCCUCCCAAGACAGAUGGCAAUGUCCUCUUCCUCUACGCCUCGACGGGCACCUCGACGUUCCAUGGGGACUCCAGGAGCUCGUAGGAGAAACCCCCAGCGUUUGUCCCGGCCCCACACACGGUCCCGCACACUGGUGGACGGACCGCCCAGCCCAACUUCAGAGGAAGAGCCCGAGGACAAGUUCAGUCUGGUUCGCCAAAGCCCCUACUAUGAGGAAGAUGAUGAGCCACCACGUCGUCGUUACUUCAAUGGUACCAAGGCCAUCCCUCACUUAGUGCGGCCUGUGGAUGACAUCACAGAGGCAGAGCUGCAGGGCAUCUGCCAGAACGCACGGGAUAAAGUCUACAACAGCUUCACUGGAUCCACUUGCCACCAGUGCCGCCAGAAAACAAUCGAUACCAAAACCAGCUGCCGCAAUCCAGAGUGUGUGGGGGUGAGGGGUCAGUUCUGCGGCCCCUGUCUCCGUAACCGCUAUGGAGAGGAGGUCCGUGACGCUCUGCUGAGUAUGGAGUGGCAGUGCCCGCCAUGCAGAGGGAUCUGCAACUGCAGCUUCUGUCGGGCCCGAGACGGUCGCUGUGCUACAGGAGUGUUGGUGUACCUGGCUAAAUAUCAUGGAUAUGAUAAUGUACACGCCUAUCUGAAAAGCUUGAAAAAGGAGCUGGAAAAGAUCAGCGAGUGAAGUGUGGAGGUACGAGCUGACCAUGAUCGACGUGCUCUGACCAUUUUUUUACUUCCGAACAGUCCAAAUAUUGUUCAUGGUGUUCAUUACAACACAAUGCUUAUUGUUGCUCCUGUUUGUGAAGCUUCACAUACUUUUUGAGCAUUGACUGACAUCUGGAGGAGGCACAUUCAGCCAGUUCUCUCCAGCCUAAAGCUUGCUUUGUUUUUAACUUCCUGCCUGUUCUAAAGAGCUGAGCCUUUUUACGUUAAGACUGGUUGAAUGUAAACUUAAGUGGACCAAAACGUGAAGAUGGAGAUUUUAGGACAAUGUCCAAACAUUCCUCUGUGAUCUUAAAUGUGUUAAGAUAAUUAAUGUAUAUAUUUCCCUAGCAUAAAAAAAAAAAAAGAAUCAUCCAACCGGCUGCACAAAAAUCAGGCUUGUUUAGAUCUACUGUAUUUUACAUUGUUUUAAAUGUAUGGCUUUCACACUGCCCACUUAAAUUUCAACCUAGUGCCUUUUUUUUAACAAUGAUAUGCUUGUGUUUUUACAAGUUGUGUAGUCUUUUGUAAAUCUGCUGAAAGUGUAAAUGUUGAAAACGAAACAAUGUUCGGUAUAUUUGGGAUGUCCUGUAGAAAAUGGCCCAAUGUUCUGCAUGUUACGGAGGUUGGUGCAGGUGGAAAGGGCAGAGACUGUGGGGUCCACUGCCUCUCACUUCUAAACCGAGAGGAACUGUGAUAUACUACAGCGCCUGGUUAAAUAUCCUUCAUUAGAUAACUGUCACUAAUGGUGUGGAAACAAUUAGCACACUCUAAUGGGAAUCUCAUACCUGUAAAUCAUUUUAUCCUGUUAAAGCACAUUCUCGCUCUGCUCCAGUCUCUUUGGCUCGUUUUCUGCCUUACACUGUUAAGUAGGAAUGGUUGAAGGUGCCACUGAAGUGGCAAUAGAGUUAUGGCCUGCGUUUUCUGUUCAGAAGUGCGAUACUCGACACGAAAUGACACUUUGUGUCGCUCAUCUUUGAAAUGUACUUAAUUUGACCUGCACCAGGACACUCUGAUUAUAUGAUACUGUUUCAAAAAAUAAUCAACGUUCGAGAUUUCCUUCUUCAGUGUAAUAACAGGUGGAGGUUAUUUCACUGCCGUUUGUGUUUAUCAGGCACUUCACUCUUAUCACGAAGAGUAAUGCUGAACUGUUGAUGGGAAUAUCUGUUAUGGCGAUGCUUGCUUUGUGCUCAUUGGGUUAACUAUACAUUUUCAUUAAAGCGUUAAUCACUGCAGAA